UAUCACGCGGCCCACCGCAUGCAAAAAUAAAUGCGUACAAAGAUAGUGAGCGGAUUUAUCGCAAACGUUUUGCGAUAAAAAGAGACUAAAACGACACCAAAAAAGUUUUAAACGAUCAAAAAAAAUUUGUGUGUCUCGUUUGGAAUGAAGUGACAAGGUCAUUCGGAUUAAGCUUGAAUUUAAGAGGAGAGACUUUGACAUUUGCUCCCGGGAGAGGCGCCGCCGCGUUGCUCAUAUUAUUUUUGCCAUUCCGCAAACUCGCGGGCGCGGACGCAGAGGUGGCUAAAAAAAAGCGCGCUAGCAACAAGUUUAUUUUUGCAUCAAAAUAUUUUAUUUAAGAAGUAAUUCAGCAUGGAAAUAAAGAGCCAACAAAGAUGUUGCCACUCAUUUUUCUAUACCAUUGUAAUGACAAUUGCAGUUGUUGAACUGAUUUACCUCUUUGUGCAUAUAUCAUGGGUAGCGUUCACUGAUUACAACCCAUUCGACCUGAUCAGCGAUGCGAACCGAAACACUUCUUUCUUAGAGGCUGUGGAAAUGUUGGUAGCGCCGCAAACUGAAUUCAUGAAACAAGUUACAGUCUACUUUGACCUGGCUGAGAUUAUUAUUUGCGCCCUCCUCAUUCUAGGCGUUUUUAAGGGAGUUCGAUGGCUGGCAAUUCCGUAUAUGAUAAAAGAUGGAAUAUACGCAGCGCUGGGUUUGUUUGUCGUCGUAAUGAGUAUCCUCAGCAUUUUGCUGAAACAGGGAAAUGUCGAGAAGUCGGAAUAUGCUAAAAUGACCAACAUCUGCUUGUCUGUAUUGGGCUUUGCAAUUACUAUAUACAACAUUCUUGUAAUCGUGGUGAUUGUCAAAUACUUCCAAAAAAUCAAGAGGAGUGCGGAUUUCAGCAGAAACGCCAAAGCAGCUUCCUCUGAGUUUUACCAAGAGUGAUUAGUAAAAAAAAGAAAGAAAUUCAAGUAUAUUAUAUAAUUAUAAAUUUUGAAUUGCUGCUUUUAUGAUGUGUAUUUUAUGCCUUCCAAUAUUUUCUAAUCUAAUAAUAUAUUAUUUUGCAGUGAAAAUUAGGAAUAAAUUUAUUUCCAUUUUAAUAUUAAAUUCCGCUUGAAUUCGUUAUUUAAAAAUGAAAAAUGGUUGUGUAUAAAUUUUUGUAAAACUGGCAGCAAAUGAAUAAACUAUUUAGUUCUCUGCUCUCGUUAAUUUUAAUUUUUAAUACAUAAAAAAUGUAAAAUUGGAAAAAUUUUUCCUAUUAUGUCAGUCA